GUGCAACUAUGCUAGAAAAGAAAAAAUGACAUUUAAAAAGGUUUGUACUUAUCAAAAUGAGCCUAAUGAACUAUGGAAAAGGCAGGCCUUGUAGGGAAAAAGUUGUGAAAAAAUUAGGUAGGCCGGUCCAAGAUUGAUGUGGCUGAUUUCAAAGCCCAAGAAAAGAAACUCAUCGCUCAUCUUUUCUUUCAAAUGCCGAAGCAUUAAAUUAAUCUUCCUCUCCUCUGAACUCACGCUCCCUACUGCCCAGUGCCCAGUGAUCAUUCUACAUUUUCUUCUUAAACAAUCACACACUCUCUCAAGAUAACAGAUCGGAACUCAAACUUGAUUGUAUAUUGUCCUUGUCAAGGAGAAUUCACAUUUAGAGAGGGAGCACAGCCUUAUAAAGUCUAAGCAUGUAUAAUUGUGCAUCAAUAUGCUUACUGUGUGUGAUACUUAAGCUUUAUUUUGAUGCAAUUUCUUUAUUUCAGUCUUCUCAAACAAUUAAGGAGCAUGUUGUUUUAAGGAUAAUUGAUUAGUGUUUACUUCAUUAAAUGUUUUAAUUAUUUACAAUUACGUUCUUAAAACCCUUAAUUUAAUUUAUGGAUAGCACUAUUCUGCUCUAGUUGAACCAAGAAAAUGUCUGAAAUUUGGCUAAGUCAGUGACAAGUUGACAACCAUCCUUCAACUGAACCAGAUUGCUGAACUAGAUUGCAAGUCUUCAGGGGCUCCUUGUGUAUGCAUCCUGUACAUGAGAUAUCUCCUUGAUUCUAUUAAAAUUUCUAAAUUUAUAAAAAAUCUCCUGUGAUAAUUUAGGUUACUCUUGCUCUCUGGGGAUUGUCAGUGUCAGAAGCUAAGAGGUAUGUGCUUGAGUUCAUAAAUUUUUCCUAUAAUUAUCAUCUCAUUUGUGUUUUACAUAUAUGAUCUCUAGACAAGCUUUUAAUGAAUUUAGGAACCACACUAAAUGUUCUGUUUGGUGCACCUAAAAACUGUGCUAAUGCAAAACUGACACAGCAUUUGUUGCAUGACUAACUACAAUCUUAUCAGGGAGCCAGGGACAUUUAGAGCCACAAAAUCACAAAGACGGAUUGAGUGUAACCUAACUGUUGCUAUUGGACGUGAAGGUGGUGUAGCACCUCUAAUUGCAUUGGCGCGCUCUGAAUCUGUGGAUGUCCAUGAAACUGCUGCAGGAGCUCUUUGGAAUCUUGCUUUUAAUCCUGGUAAUGCUCUCUGUAUUGUGGAGGAAGGAGGAGUUCCUGCCUUAGUUCAUCUUUGUUCUUCUUCGCAAUUAAAAAUGGCAUGGUUCAUGGCUGCAUUAGCCUUGGCAUGUAUGUUUGAUGGGAGCUAUUCAUUUUAUCUCUGUGAUAGAUAUGACGCAUGUUCAUAAUUCUCAUUCUUUAUCUUUGUCUGCUUCUUUUAGAUAGGCCUGUUAUUUAUUUAUUUUUUUUCUA